UUUAAAUUCUAUAAACUCCAAAAUAUAAAAAUUAAAUGAGUUUAAUAAAUAACCUUGAAUUUAAAUAACUUUAAAUUAUACCUUAUUCAUGAUCGUGUGGUGCCAGUUCAGAAAGGGAGAGAUCUUUUCUCUUAGAUGGCAAGAAAAUACACAGCACGGAUUCCAUUUAUAGGGGACUGAGGCAGGAAGCAACAGUAGGUUCACGUGAUGUUUUGCUUCUGUAUUUAGGAGCGGUGCCGUCAGAAAUACAGAAAAUACAGACAUGUGGGCUACUUUUGAGAUGCCUGUGGUGGCACAAACAUGGUAUGCGAGAGUCAGGGUGGGAAGAUGAGGUGCAUAUAGGUAGGUUCUUUUCAGCUCUAUGCCUACCAGAGCUAUAGUGCUUUACAGGGCCUUUAAAUCUUUUAGGUUUUCGUUAUUUACUUUUGAUACAGAUGUGCAGAAGCCAUCUUAGAAUCACUGUGCCAUUCUCUAUAUAGGCGGUGCCAGCCUGUACCUUUUCUAGGUAAUUGUGACAUAAAUCUUCUGUAUUUACCUGGAGCCAAGCAACUUCGGACAUCCAGUCUGCAAUUAGCAAUCGACGCAGUUAGAGUUAGUGUAGAUGCUAGAGAAUGUUUAAAGACGCUCUUUCUGAAAUACAGUAGGGACAGGGGAUAGAAGGAGCUGGACCCAGCCCCCAGGCUCAGAGCACUGCUCCUGGGCCGCUCCAUGCGGGCGCGCGCCUACCCAGCGGGCAUGCGCACGCACACGCGGGGCCUGGCGCUUUCCCGAGCGGCGGGUGUCGGCGGCGCGCGUGCGGCAAAUGGAGUGGGUGCUCGCUGAAGCGCUGCUCUCGCAGCUCCGGGACCCCCGGCUCCUGCUUGGGACGCUGUGCCGCGGGGAGGCGUCGGUGGAGCGCGUAGAGACGUUGCGCUUUCUUCUGCAGCGACUUGAAGACGAGGCGGCGCGCAGCGGCGGCGCGGGCGCGCUCUCGGAGGCGGCGCGCGAAGUCGCUGCCGGGUACCUGGUGCCUCUGCUGCGAGGCCUGCGGGGUCGCCCGGCAGGCGGUGUGGACUCCGGCCGGCGCGUGCUGAGGGCAGCGGGCGCCGCCCUACGCUCCUGUCUGCUGCCGGAGCCGGGCGUGGAGUGCGCCCCCAGCGCCCCGGAGGCGGGUCCCGACGCGCGGCGCUGCUGGAGGUUCUGGAGGACGGUGCAGGCGGGGCUGGCCCAGGCGGAAGACGCUCUGACGCGGAAGCGCGCGCGCUACCUGCUGCAGAGGGCGGUGGAAGUGUCCGUGGAGCUAGGGGCCGACUGUACCUGCGGCCCCCAGGAAGGAAACGGUCCAAGUCUGUUUUGGUGGUCUGAGAAGAAAAAAGAUGAGCUGCUAAAAUUUUGGGAAAAUUAUAUUUUAAUUAUGGAAACUCUAGAAGGAAAUCAGAUUCAUGUUAUAAAGCCAGUUUUACCAAAGUUAAACAAUCUGUUUGAAUAUGCAGUGUCAGAGGAAAAUGGUUGUUGGCUCUUUCACCCAUCCUGGCAUAUGUGUAUUUAUAAAAGAAUGUUUGAAAGUGAAAAUAAAAUCCUGACCAAAGAAGGUGUAAUCCAUUUUUUGGAGCUGUAUGAAGUAAAGAUUCUUCCAUUUUCAUCAGAGUUUUCUGAGUUUAUUAUUGGACCUUUAAUGGAUGCACUUUCAGAAAGCUCUCUGUAUAGCAGGUUCCCAGGACAGCUGAUAGGAAGUGGUUCUCCAUUGGGGUCAAAAUUACAGAAGUUUUUAGCCACUUAUAUUUCUCUUCUUCCAGAAGAAAUAAAGAGUAAUUUCCUAUUAAAGUUUAUUCAGAAGAUGACAAGUAGACAUUGGUGUGCUGUUCCCAUUUUGUUUAUAUCUAAGGCUUUGGCAAAUGUCCCAAGAUGUAAAGCCCUGAGUCUAGAAGGACUUCUUGCUAUCAGGGAUAUUCUUCAGUGCACUAUGACCACACAUCAAGUUCUACUGCGUGGGGCAGCUCAGUGCUUCCUUCUUCAGACAGCUAUGAAUUUGGUAGAUGUUGAGAAAGUAUCCUUUUCUGAUGUCUCAACUUUUCUCAUGUCUCUGAGACAAGAGGAGUCCUUAGCACGUGGAACUUCAUUGUGGACAGAGCUCUGUGAUUGGUUACGUGUUAAUGAAAACUGUUUUAUACGAUCCUCAACUUGUAACUCCACUGGACUUCAUGAGACAUCCUCUUUAAAUGCUUAUGUAAAGAACUUAGUUCAAGAAUAUAUUAAGUCACCUGCUUGGGAAAUAGGAGAAAACUGCCUUAUGCCUGAUUGGUUUGAAGCCAAGCUUGUUGCUAUGAUGGUCUUACUGGCUGUUGAUGUGGAAGGAAUGAAGAAUCAAUAUAGUGAAAGGAGGAGAACACAGAAUGCAUUGAGUAUAUUCUUAGAUCCUCUUCUGGAUGCCCUUAUGAAGUUUGGUACAAAUGCCUACAUGCCCUUGCUGAAAACUGACAGAUGCCUCCAGUUGCUGUUGAAGUUAUUGCACACUUGCUUGUUGAAGGGCUCCAGUACCCAAGAUGAUGAGGUAUUUAUACUUAUUCAGAACUUUGCCAUGUCUACCACAGAGAGCAUUUCUGAAUUUAUUCUCAGGAGACUUACUAUGAAUGAACUAAACAGCGUUUCAGAUCUGGAUCGUUGCCAUUUGUACCUUAUGGUUUUAACUGAGCUUAUAAAUCUCCACUUGAAGGUUGGAUGGAAAAGAGGUAACCCCAUUUGGAGAGUUAUUUCUCCUUUGAAAAAUGCAUCUAUUCAGCAUCUUCAGGAGAUGGACAAUGGACAGGAGCCAACACUUGGUAGACAGAUUCAGAGGGUUGUUAGUAUGGCCUCCCUAGCCAUGGUGUGUGAGGCCAUUGAUCAGAAGUCAGAACUACAGCUGGAUUCACUGGAUGCUGGACCUACAGAAAGGUUCCUCUCCUCUCUUCAGCUCAAUCAAACACUGCAGAAGCCCCACACGGAGCAAAGCAGGUUUUUUGAAGAAUCAUCAUCUUCCCAAGGAUGGGGGAAAAUAGUUGCACAAUAUAUUCAUGAUCAGUGGGUCUGCCUUUCUUUCCUAUUGAAAAAAUAUCACACCCUUAUACCAACAUUAGAGAGUAAAAUUGUGGAGCCUGUUUUACCUGCUGUUCAAAGGCCCAUAAGGACCCUACAAUUUGCACUAGAAGCUCUCACAAUUCUUCCUUCUGAUCAAGUUUUACCUGUGUUCCAUUGUAUGAAAAUUUUGGUUCCCAAGCUUCUGACCACCUCUGAGUCACUCUGCAUAGAAUCUUUUGACAUGGCUUGGAAAAUUAUAUCUUCUUUAAGCAACACUCAGUUAAUAUUCUGGUCUAAUUUAAAAGCAUUUGUUCAGUUUGUUUUUGACAUCAAGGUUCUUACCAUUGCUGCAAAAAUCCAGGGGCAGGCAUAUUUCAAAAUAAAAGAGAUUAUGUUCAAGAUAAUUGAAAUGUCUGCUAUAAAAACUGGAGUCUUCAAUACCCUGAUAAAUUAUUGCUGCCAAUCUUGGAUAGUUUCUGCUUCAAAUGUGUCCCAAGUAUCAUUAUCAAGUGCUAAAAAUUAUAGUGAACUUGUCCUUGAGGCUUGUAUAUUUGGAACUGUUUUUAGGCGUGAUCAAAGACUUAUUCAGGAUAUUCAGACCUUCGUAGAAAAUCUAGGACAUGAUUGUGCAGCAAAUGUUGUUGUUGAAAAUACUAAAAGAGAGGACCAUUAUGUGAGAAUUUGUGCUGUGAAGUUCCUAUGUUUAUUAGAUGGCUCAAAUAUGUCUCAUAAGUUGUUUAUGGAAGAUCUUGCAAUCAAGCUACUAGAUAAAGAUGAAUUGGUGUCCAAGUCUAGGACUCGAUACUAUGUGAAUUCUCAACAACACAGAGUGAAAAACAGAAUAUGGCAAACUCUGCUUGUACUUUUCCCCAGAUUUGAUCAGAAUUUCUUGAAUAGAAUUAUUGACAAGAUUUUCCAGGCUGGUUUCAUUAAUAAUCAAGCAUCCAUAAAAUAUUUUAUAGAAUGGAUUAUCAUAUUGAUUCUUCACAAAUUCCCUCAAUUUCUUCCAAAGUUCUGGGAUUGCUUUUCAUAUGGUGAAGAAAACCUCAAAACAAGUAUUUGUACAUUUUUAUCUGUUUUGUCACAUUUGGACAUCAUUGUUCAGAGUAUUCCAGACAAGAAAAUGAUUCUGAAACAAGCACUUCUUAUUGUACUGCAGUGGUGUUUCAAUCACAAUUUUAGUACUCGACUAUAUGCAUUGGUUGCUCUUAAGAAAAUUUGGAGCAUGUGUAAAUUGCUGCAUGUUGAAGAAUUCGAUGCAUUGACUUCUGUUAUUGAAUCCAGUCUCAGUCAAGUGGAAAACAUGCAUGGAGCAGGGAAUGCCAAGAAGAAUUGGCAACGCAUCCAAGAACAUUUCUUUUUUGCAACAUUUCACCCCCUUAAAGAUUAUUGUUUGGAGACUGUAUUUUACAUCCUUCCACGUCUUUCCAGCCUUGUUGAAGAUGAGUGGAUUGCCAUUGAUAAAUUUACCAGCUUCACAGACAUUCCUUUAGAUGCAGGAUUUCAGUGGUACCUUUCUUCAACUGGUCUUAGUGAACUAAAACCAGGUGACUGGUCUCAGCAGGACAUAGGUUCUAGCUCAGGAGAAGUGGAUAACCAAUCAGAAUGGACUGAUGUUCAGAAGAAGAUUAUACCAUGGAAAAACAAUGUUCCAGAUUUAGAUGUGGAGUUAAUAUUUCAGGAUCGUGCUGCUAAACUUGGAAAAUCAGUUAGUGGACUGAUUGUAGUAGCCUCGCUCAUUGAUAAACCAACCAAUUUAGGAGGACUAUGCCGAACCUGUGAGGUUUUUGGAGCCUCAGUGCUUGUUGUUGGCAAUCUACAGUGUAUCAAAGACAAACAGUUUCAGCACCUCAGUGUUUCUGCAGAGCAAUGGCUUCCUUUAGUGGAGGUAAAAGCAUCCCAGUUAAUUGAUUAUCUACAACAGAAAAGAGGAGAAGGUUAUACCAUCAUUGGCGUAGAACAAACUGCCAAAAGUUUAGCUCUAAAUCAAUACUGCUUUCCUGAGAAAUCUCUACUCAUCUUGGGAAAUGAACGUGAAGGGAUUCCAGCCAAUCUGAUCCAGCAACUGGAUGUUUGUGUGGAAAUCCCUCAACAAGGCAUCAUACGGUCACUUAAUGUCCAUGUGAGUGGAGCUUUGCUCAUUUGGGAGUACACCAGACAGCAGCUGCUUAAGCAUGGGGACAGUGAGACAUGAAGCUUGUGCCUCAUCUAAGAGGAAAUAUUGGUGCUAUUGAAACAUAUUUUAAAAACUCUGGACUAUUGAAAUAGAUUCUGAAAUUUACUGGGAUAAUUUGUAUUUUUUCUUGAAAGUUAAUGCCAAAAAAUUUUCAUGUGCCUUAAAGUUAUUACUAUAUGU